AUGGCAAAAGUGAUUUUCACCCCAUGGAAGAGGCACUCGGACCUCCUCGCCGUGCGAAAACAGUUCUACCCUCCCCCGGAAUAUGAUGGGCCGGAUCUGCGCUCGCAGGCAUGCGCAACAGUAUCCGCGUGGAAACUCCGCGGCAACCUCCCACAUCCUGUUGAAGCAACAGCCCUCCUAACAGACGCAAUUCUGCACGACGAUGCGUCCAAGAACUCGCUCUAUUGCGAUUCGGGCGACGUACGCAGCGGCGUUUUGUCGCAGGCAGGAGCUUUUCUGGGGAGCGGCAAUGCCAUCAAUGAUGGGCGGAGUGGAGAUGGAGGCGCGGAUGGACCACCAAAAAAGAAGAGGAAAGUUCAGCGCGAGCUGGCAGGCGUUGCGGCGAGAGCUGUGGGGAUCUUGAAAGAGCAUCGGGGGGGAGAAGCCGGUGAACAAGGGACUGCCUCCAAGCCAGGCUGGGUUCUCGCGCGGAUUAUGCUGAGGGAAGGGUUCCUUGUGCCAUUGGAGCAACGACUCAACGACACUCAGUCACUAACCACGUCAAUAAGCAAAUGGGACCCGUUCCUGCAAAUGGUCGCAGAAGGAGAUUCCUCGUUUCUCGUCACAUUGGCAGAGGCAAUGGUUGAUGAACUCGCAUUCCCAGCGUCAAGUUUAAAAUCAGAUCCCAAAUCAGAUCCAACCCUCAAAGGCAUCUACACGUGGCUGGACCAUAUCCUGCACUCGCCGCAGUGGGAGUCGCACCGUCGGUUAAUCUCGCUUUCUUAUAUACGGGCUAUCUGUGAAAACAGUUCGAGCAGGAACCACUGGAUGACAACGCUGAAAGAAAGGAUUGUGCAGGUUGAAAACGGAAAGAAGAAAGGGAAGGGGAAAGGGAAGAGGGAAAGCAACGCGGGCGAUUUGCCUGUGGUUGCUCCCGCAGGCGAGGCAUCUACUGCAGGUGAUUCUUCUGGUUUGCUGAAUAUAAAUCAGGAGGAUAUAGAGACAUUAAGAAGGUUUGGGUGGGAACCGGCUGAGACGUCUGGGUGGGAUAGUCGGGCGUUGGGGGUGGUUGGUUAG